AUGCGGAGCAGUUUGUGGGGUUUAUUUCACAGCAGCAGGGUCACAGGUGGAGAGCUGUUUGAAGAUAUCGUAGCCAGAGAAUAUUACAGCGAAGCCGACGCCAGCCACUGCAUCCAGCAGAUCUUGGAGGCGGUGCUUCACUGUCAUCAGAUGGGUGUGGUCCAUCGAGACCUGAAGCCAGAAAACCUGCUGCUGGCCUCCAAAUCAAAAGGAGCAGCCGUGAAGCUGGCAGACUUUGGCCUGGCCAUUGAGGUGGAGGGAGACCAGCAGGCUUGGUUUGGCUUUGCAGGAACACCCGGUUAUCUGUCCCCAGAGGUUCUGAGGAAGGAUCCAUAUGGGAAGGCUGUCGACCUCUGGGCCUGCGGUGUGAUUCUCUACAUCCUGCUGGUCGGUUAUCCUCCGUUCUGGGAUGAAGACCAGCAUCGUCUCUACCAGCAGAUCAAAGCUGGAGCUUAUGAUUUUCCUUCCCCAGAGUGGGACACGGUGACUCCUGAAGCCAAAGAUCUAAUCAACAAGAUGUUGACCAUCAACCCGGCCAAACGGAUCACAGCGGCAGAGGCACUCAAACAUCCCUGGAUCUCUCAUCGUUCCACAGUUGCAUCCUGUAUGCAUCGACAAGAGACUGUCGAGUGUUUGAAGAAAUUCAAUGCCAGGAGGAAGCUGAAGGGAGCCAUCCUGACCACCAUGCUGGCCACCAGGAACUUCUCUGGAGGAAAGAGUGGAAGCAACAAGAAGGCAGAUGGAGUCAAGGAGUCAUCUGAGAGCACCAACACCACCAUCGAGGAUGAAGACACCAGAGUGAGGAAACAGGACAUCAUCAAAGUAACGGAGCAGCUCAUCGAGGCCAUCAGUAAUGGAGACUUUGAGAGCUACACUAAAAUGUGCGACCCGGCUGUGACGGCGUUCGAGCCCGAGGCGCUGGGGAACCUGGUAGAAGGCUUAGACUUCCACCGCUUUUACUUUGAAAACUUGUGGUCUAAGAACAGUAAGCCGGUCCACACCACCAUCCUGAAUCCCCACAUCCAUCUGGUGGGCGACGAGGCUGCCUGUAUCGCCUACAUCAGAGUCACACAGUACAUCGACUCCAACGGCACCCCUCGCACCGCCCAAUCAGAGGAGACUAGGGUGUGGCACCGGCGUGAUGGGAAGUGGCAGAUCGUUCACUUCCACCGCUCAGGGUCACCCUCCACCCUAAACAACUAACAUCCUCCUCCAGAGUGGGUGGGGCUCCGAUGGGGCUGCUGUCGCCUUGACAACAGGAUGAUUGACAGCAGGCCAGCUGUUGUCUGACACCAACCAUUCAGCGUUUGCUUUGAGAAGUUGGAGGCGUUAGAAAGCCUCGUCAGUUAAUCCAUCUGUCAUCCAACCAGUCAGCUCCGUCCGCUCUCCCUGCUUUUUUAACUGACCAAUCAGCUCCCUCGGUGCAGGAACAGGUUGUUUCAUUGGUAGGAAACCUUGCAUCUCCAGCUUUACUCAAACACGCCCCCUGGAGUCAGAACCUCAUACUGAAUAGCACCUAUUAUUAGCUCCUCGUCAUGUUACUGAGCAUGUGCAGGAAUCUCUCUGUUUACACCAUCAUGUUCCUACGUCACAUCAGGCAUUUAUGACCAUUAAUGAACCCAAUCUGUGCUGAAAGUGAACAGAAUCAGAGUUCUUGGUCAGAACCUCUCCAUAGAUACAAGGUUUCCCCCUGCUGGUCAGUUUAGGUAUAUGUAGUAAUAAAUUAUGGUUUAUUGUUGUCCUCAGAGAUGAGCAGCUAGGUCGGCUUUAUGCUGAUGAUAUCCUGAUCAUCUUAGUUUUUUUUCAGUUUAUUCACAGUUGAUGGAACGCCUCCAUCUACAGCUGACGUGCCCUCUGUUGUUCAGAGAGCUCCAGAAACUUCCAGCUUCUCCAGCAUUCGAUCUUCCACUGACAUCCACCCCUCCCCACCCAGGGAGGGCCUAACGGGGUACCUUAACGAGCUGUCUGCUGCCAGUGCUCCUCCUCCAUCAGCUGAUGGAGGUUUACUGUUUGUCUGAUAUGUUUUCCAGAGAGAGGAAGAAAGCAGAGAGGGAAGGAAACAGGAAGAGGAAAAAGAAGGAAUCUUGAAAAAAGUUUGAAGAAUCCAAACUGUUCUUUAAUUUGAACAACUAGAUGUUUUCAGAACAAACCCAAACAGCCAAUCGGUUUAAGUCCACCAGGUUGGACCCUUUUCCACCGUCCUUAGUCAGCGCAGUUCGGUUCUGUUGGACCCGGGCCGCCUUGCUUUGACUGUCUGACCCAAACUGAGAAGGUUCUCUGGCCAAACCCUGUAGAAUAGAACUGACCUGAGUCAAGUGGAGAAGGGUCAGUUCUGGAUCCAUGUCCAACCACAGCCCUGACUGGGAUCUUAGGGGAACGACAUGAAGUAGAGCAGAACUACAAAAGGAGAGGGAACUAUUUCACACAUUCUACCGUUAAAACCCGGGUUCAUUAGCAGGUAACCCUCCAGACUCAGAGACCCCGAAGUAAAAUCCAGUAGAAUCAACGACUUACAGAAGUCCAGCAGCUGGGAUUUUAAUCUGAGUGCUGCUGAUCUGUUCCUGCCCUCAGAGGUUCUUUAGAGAACAACUAGGAACCCAACAGACAGCUCAAGGAAGAGGUUAAGGUCUAGAAUGUCUCCCAGACUUCUGAUCCAUCCAUCAUCUGAACAUGGAGAGGAUGGACCAACCGCAGAGCCACCAGGACAUGAAGGAACACCUAGGAUGGAAGAGGAGAGCAUAGAUCAGAGAAGAAGAGCAGUGUGGAAGUUCCGGUGGAGCUGCAAGAAUCAGGAGAAUCUACAACUAGGACAAAGUUUCACUAAUCUGGUGUCAGUGGUCAAAGUCCCGCUUGAAAGAAAAUCAAACAAAGCAGCCAUGAGGACCAAAGAGUUCUGAUCACAGGAGACCAGAACAGAACAUUUGGUUCUACAUGUAAACACUGUAUGGAAGAAGACUAACAGUGAACUCACCCAUGUGGAAGCAUGGUGGUGGCAGUAUCUUGCUGAGGGAGGUGUUCCAUUUCCUUCAACAGGAUCGCCACCUUAAACAGCUCAGAUUACAGCAUCAUAGUUUGGAAUGGCCUAGUUAAAGUCCAGGCUUAGAUCGGACCAAGAUACAUCAAAACAGACGUUCAGUGAUCUUCUCCUUCCAGCUGAAGGAGGUUCUACAGAGUUCUGACUCCAACUUCUUCUGCUCUACAGUCAUGUCCUUCACAUUCAAUCCAAAUAAAAUCCAUUCAGGUUUGUGGUUCGGCCGUUUGUACCAGGUUGGACCGGGUUGUACCGGGUUGGACAGAGAAAUGAUUUGAUUUCUGCUGCAGGUUCUGAGCAUGUUUGUUUCAAACUGAAAUAAAAAUGUAACAUCAUUAAAC